CCAAGGCCCCAGCGACCCCCCUCCUUCUCAGCCCUUCACCCUUCCCUCUCAUCAUCAUCAUUGACCGUGCUGUGGCUGCUCGUAUUUGGUCAGUGGUAUCUGAUCAUCAGAAUAAUAAUAAUUAUUCUUAUUUGGUUUCCCUUAAUGUUAAAGCAAGCAUUUGUUUUCCUGCCUGAAGCCCACUCCUGCAGUUUGCCAUGGCCUCUAUGGCUGAGCCAGUGGUGUUUAAGGAGUUUUAUCCUCUGUAUUAUCUCCUGAAUGCCAUCCCGACUAAGAUCCAGAAGGGAUUCCGCUCUAUCCUGGUUUACCUCACAGCCCUAGAUACCAAUGAGGACUACAUUGCUGUGGGCAGUAGCAUUGGGAUGCUGUACUUGUACUGCCGGCAGUUAAACCAGAUGAAAAAAUACAACUUUGAGGGGAAAACUGAAUCCAUUACGGUUGUGAAACUCUUAAGCUGCUUUGAUGACCUCGUUGCUGUUGGUACAGCAUCAGGGAGAGUUGCAGUUUUUCAGCUGGUGUCCUCAUUGCCUGGAAGAAACAAGCAGUUUCGGAGGUUCGACGUGGUCGGAAUUCACAAAAAUAGCAUUACCGCUUUGGCUUGGAGUCCCAAUGGAAUGAAAUUGUUCUCUGGAGAUGACAAAGGGAAAAUUGUCUACUCCUCUCUUGAUCUGGACCAGGGUGUUUGCAAUUCCAACUUGGUGUUAGAAGAACCGUCUUCAAUAGUACAGCUGGACUACAGCCAGAAGGUGCUGCUUGUCUCGACCCUCCAGAGAAGUCUGCUUUUUUACACGGAAGAAAAAUCCGUCAAGCAAGUUGGGACCCAAUCUAGAAAGAACAGUGGGAAGUUUGGAGCUUGCUUUAUCCCAGGGCUGUGUAAGCAAAGCGACCUCACAUUAUAUGCCUCGAGACCUGGGCUACGGUUGUGGAAAUCUGAUGCCCACGGAAUUGUGCAGGCCACGUUUAUAUUAAAGGACGUAUUUGCCGAAGGAGUGAAACCAUUUGAACUGUAUCCUCGGCUGGAGAGCAGUGACAACAGAAGUUGCGGCGUUCAAGAGAAGCACCUGGGCCUUGUUUCAUGCUUCUUUCAAGAAGGCUGGGUGUUGAGCUGGAAUGAAUACAGUAUCUAUUUAUUAGAUACUAUAAAUCAGGCAACAAUUGCAGGUUUGGAAGGAUCAGGUGAUAUUGUGUCCGUAUCCUGUACUGAAAAUGAAAUCUUUCUCUUAAAAGGGGAUAGGGACAUCAUAAGAAUUUCAAGUAGACCCGAAGGACUAGUGAGAGAUGGUCUUGAAGUAAUGGCAUGCUCAGAAAAACUCCACAUUCAAAGUCUCGAUAAGCUAGGAACCUUAAGCGGAGAAACAAGGCCCAGGGGCUCGUCUAUAGUGAGUGAAUCAAGAAGCAGGAGCAGUUCGGUAAAUUCGGUGGACAGUGGCUCCAGUUUCAUGACAACCGGAGAUCAAGCAUCCUCUGAAGCCUCGAAAGAAAAUCUGCCUUCCUCCCAGAGAUUCAGUAUAAUUAGCUCGGAAGACUUCGACCAAGAGCUUAUCGUGAAGCCUAUCAAGGUGAAAAAGAAGAGAAAGAAAAGACAAGAAAGCGGUACCAGGAAGCCCCAUUUCAGCUCCCUUGAAGGCACACCUUGUUAUGAGCAUCAGUAUUCGGGGGAUAGUCCAAACUCUUCGACCACAGACCUGUUUUCUGUAGCUUCAAGUUUCCCAGGCAGCAGUACAGAUCAGUUGAGUACCACUUCUCUUGAUCGGGACAGCACCUUUGAAGGAGAAUCCCUCAAUGCCACACAGGGCAAUAAUGGCUCAGAAACUUUUAGUGUGCUGGGUACUCCUGAGUCUGCUCUCGAUUUGGCGGUGGAAGAAAGAGAAAGUAUAAACAAAAUACCACAGCGUACCCAUGAAAGCGAAGUGGAAACAGAUAGUUUGGUAUCCGAUUUGCGCCUGGCCCUUACAGAAGAUUUAGGAGAAAAUGAAGAAAUAGAAUGUAAACAAAGACCGUCUACUGCAGAUGACAGACAGUCACUCUUCUCCGAUCAGAAUGACUUUGCCGAACAACAAAGAGCAAACGAAACUUUGGAUGAAACGAAACUUUUCCAUGCCAAAAGGACUUUUUCAGUAAUGAACCUCCUUGAUAUCCAGGCAGUGCCUUCAAGUUGUAGGACCGUGCUUCAAAUGGAAAAAUCCCUUGCCAAGAGGGGAAGUGUUGGAAGUGAUGUGGAGAAGUCAGAAGAGCCAGAGUGUGUUCUCGUACCCAUGGCCCCAGGAAACCUCAACUCCAGCUCCCAGCCUGAGCUCACUGAAAAAAACGCUUGUUGGAAAGAGCAUACAAUUUGUGAAAUUCACUCGGUCAGCGUUGGAAUCAAAUCUAAUAGCCAGAUUCCUGCCCUGGCAAAUAAUGCGGGAGAUUCUAGACUGGAGCAGGUUUUCACAUCCAGUGAUGAAGAGGACAUCUAUGGUCGUGGAUUGCCCUAUUCAUCUUCUGAGACUAGCGUAGCAGAAAUUGGUAGCAGUCUCUCUCUCCAAGAUAUGACAAGAACGGGCCUCGAGGAAGCUGGAUUGAUGAAAUCAGAUCAGUUUGCAGAGAGCUGGAUGGGGUACUCUGGCCCCGGAUAUGGAAUCCUCAGCCUGGUCGUCUCCGAGAAGUAUAUUUGGUGUCUGGAUUACAGAGGCGGCCUGUAUUGUAGCGGUUUACCUAGCGCCGGACUUCGGUGGCAGAAGUUUGAAGAUGCGGUCCAGCAGGUGGCAGUAUCACCUUCAGGGGCCCUUCUGUGGAAGAUCGAACAGAAAUCCAACAAGGCGUUUGCCUGCGGGAAAGUGACCAUCAAAGGGAAGCGACACUGGUACGAAGCUCUGCCCCAAACUGUAUUUGUAGCUUUAAGCGAUGACACCGCCUGGAUCAUCAGGACAAAUGGCGACCUGUAUUUGCAAACAGGUCUAAGCGUGGAUCGCCCCUGUGCCAGAGCUGUGAAAGUCGACUGUCCCUAUCCGCUCUCCCAGAUCACAGCUAGAAACAAUGUGGUGUGGGCACUGAGCGAGCAGCGGGCACUGUUGUAUCGCGAGGGAGUGAGUAGCUUCUGCCCUGAGGGGGAGCAGUGGAAAUGUGACAUUGUGAGUGAAAGGCAAGCUUUAGAACCAGUGUGCAUAACUCUGGGUGACCAACAGACCAUAUGGGCUCUGGACGUCCACGGCAACCUGUGGUUCCGGACUGGUGUUGUUCCAAAGAAACCGCAAGGAGAUGAUGACCAUUGGUGGCAAGUGAGCAUUACCGAUUACGUGGUGUUCGACCAGUGCAGCCUGUUCCAGACGAUCAUCCACGCAACCCACACGGUAGCGACAGCAGCCCAGGCUCCAGUGGAGAAGGUGGCAGACAAACUCCGAAUGGCCUUUUGGUCCCAGCAGCUUCAGUGUCAACCAAGCCUCCUGGGUGUCAACAACAGUGGGGUUUGGAUCUCAUCCGGCAAGAACGAGUUCCAUGUUUCUAAAGGAAGCCUAAUAGGAACCUACUGGAAUAACGUUGUUCCCCGUGGUACCGCUUCUGCCACAAAAUGGGCUUUCGUCUUGGCUUCAGCUGCGCCUACUAAAGAAGGAAGCUUUUUGUGGCUGUGCCAGAGCAGCAAGGAUCUCUUCUGCAUAAGUGACCAGAAUCCACAAUUCCGGCCAUCGACUGUGCAACUCCCGCCCGAUGCUGAAAUGGUGACUUAUUCAGCCUGCCAAGACGCGAUCUGGGGCUUAGAUAGCCUGGGGCAGGUUUUCAUCAGGACCCUCUCGAAAAGCUGCCCAACGGGGAUGCACUGGACGAGACUGGAUCUCUCUCAGCUAGGAGCCAUAAAAUUGACGAGUUUGGCCUGUGGGAACCAGCACAUCUGGGCCUGUGAUUCCAGCGGUGGCGUCUACUUCCGGGUGGGCACCCAACCCCUCAACCCGAGCUUGAUGCUCCCUGCGUGGAUAACGAUAGAGUCUCCAGUCCAGCCUGUGGGAGUCAACCUCGUUAGCAUCCAUUCCAGCCCCAACGACCAGAUGCUGUGGGCUAUCGACAGCAAAUGGAAUGUGCAUGUGCGAGUCGGAAUCACCGAAGAGAUGCCCGUGGGCACCGACUGGGAACAUGUACCCGGUUUACAGGCCUGUCACUUGGCUCUGAGCUCAAGAACCGUCUGGGCCCGAUGUGCCAAUGGAGACGUAGCUCGCCGCUACGGCAUCACUGACAAGAACCCGGCCGGAGACUACUGGAAGAAAAUUCCUGGGAACAUGUCCUGUUUAACAGUGUCCCCGUUCGAUGAGCUGUGGGCCGUGGGCCCUUUAGGUUACCUCCUUCAGCGGCUGACAAAGACCUUCAGCCAUUCACCUGGCUUUCAGAAAAGCAGCGACGCUUCCGUCUUGCUUCACCUAGAAGACUUUGAAGACGAAUGGGAAGUCAUCUGAAGGGUCGCCGGUCCAAGCCCCAGCGGCCAGAGCCACCGAGGAUUCCCGGACGGGAAGUGAUGGAUUUAAAAGCCGCUUGUCUCCCGCCACGCCCCGUUAGCUCCUCUACACUAAAAUCCGAUCCACCCAGCCCUCCUGAAACGCACACACCCACAUGUUUGUUUCAGCAUCUCUUGAAAACUAGUAGCUGUGGCGGACUGGAAUUAAACAGUCUCAGUUAUGGCAGCUCCUUUGGAACUAUUAACUUACUUUUCACCUUACUGGUAAUGGCAGCUGCUGUUACUGCAUGCACACUAAUAGUUGGGGGGGGAGGUUCAUUUACACGGAGGCGGGGGCCACUCUAACAUACAAGGUUUCUCAACCUCAGACAAGUUUACUAUUCCCUCAGCUUCUCCCCGGUUGUCACCCCAAGUCCAGUGAAAUAUACUCUACGCGCAUAGGAGAGACACUUGAGAUCUUCAGCAGGGUAAAAAGAUACGGCCAUCUAAAAGGCGGCCUGUUUGACCGGUUUGACCAGUGUCGCCUUGUCGCGUGAACCGCCCCCUCUCCUGAACCCGCUGGGCGUCGGGCAGCUUGCACCCAUAGUGACUGGCUUCAAGAACGAUCAGUAAGAACAAGUGUCCUACCAUUUCACAACUGAGCUUCAAUCCUUCUCCCAAAGCCUCCUCUGUGUCCUGUGUCUGGAAGAACGCAAUUCCAUUUUUAUUUAAAAAGAGGGUAAUAGAACGAAGGUAUCUCUGACCUUGUCUGCAUUUUCCGUUUGGGAUGUCUCAUGCACGGAGCCCGUGAAGUUUUAGGGAGGAAUUUAAUGGUGACGGGAGUUUAGCGUGUCUCUUUAGUCCUAUUUAACAGAGGUUGCAAACAAGCAUAAUAAAACAAGGCAACAUCCUGGGUGAUUAUUGUCAUUUUACUUUUGUUUGAAACCUCUAAUAUACCUCAUUUUCACCUCUCCUCAACACACCCUGCAAAUGUAGGGUAGAAGUUUGUUUUCAGCAACUAAUGGAAAGACUUGUGUUUUUUUUCCCUUUCAGUUUAUCCUGGACUCUUGAUCUGUAGUCAUAACUUCAAACGAGCCGAUCUCGGGCCAGGGAGGGAAGGGCGCGGCAGAAAAGUAGGGGCUGGGGAAAAGGGAAUGAGAAGCCUCAAUGUCAGGUGGUCCGUACCCCAAAAGAGAAGGUCUCUUCCCCCCAACCCCGGUCUCUGGACCCUGGGACAAGAAGCCUCUGGUGGGCUGCACUCCAUUUGCAGCAGGCGUUGGGCCAUAAAGAAUCUUCGCUGAGGCGAGAUAUAAACCACCUGUCGCUGAGGGAAGGAGCCGUUGGCGGGUUUCCCCACUACGGCCCUCGGGUCUCACGCCUUCCCCUUCCUCAGUCUUAAAUGGAGGUUGCCACCGAGCUGCCCGUUUUAGGCUUCCCUUUGGCACAGGGCCCAGGCCGCCGGGCCUGUUUAUGCUCGCACAACAGGGUGCUGUGGAAACCCUGUCUAUGGAAACACAGCCUGGAAACAGCCCGUUUCCAAACCGAGCUGGCUAGGAGGAGCCGAGAGCUUACCUUGCUGAUCCAGGAGAGGGGCCGAAUCCCCAAAUAUUCUUUGACUUGACAUUUUUAUAGGAUUCUUUUUAAUUAAAGCACGGGUUGGCAGAAACCCGGCUUGGAUCAUCCUUUCCGUGCUGUAUAUCCUGUGCCUUGCUUGGUUCAUUCGUUGGUGUUGAAGGCCUUUUAAAUCAGUGGGACUUUUUAGUGCAAUUGUACUUGAGCCUGGUUAACAGUAGUCUGAAAGACUUUUAGCUUCUUUGCUCUGUAAAAAAAUUUUUUUUUUUUUUUUGCUGCGCUUUGAGACAGUGCAAUAAACUAGACUUUUUUCCAAAACA